ACUUGUGUGUUGAAUCCACCAUUAUCCGUAAUGUGGCUUAUUUGUUUACUUGUAAUGCGCAUGCGCAAUGUUGCAACACGUUGAGAAAGCACGAGGUCGUUCAGGGUCUGCCUCUUUUCCUAUUAGUGUCCAUCAGAGAAUACAGUACAGAAUGCCGUUGGCCAGGGACCUAUUACACCCAACUCCCGAGGAGGAAGCAAGAAAACACAAGCUCAAGAGACUGGUCCAAAGUCCCAACAGCUUCUUCAUGGACGUUAAGUGUCCCGGUUGUUACAAGAUCACCACAGUGUUUAGCCAUGCUCAGACUGUAGUGCUGUGUGUGAGUUGCAGUACUGUUCUUGCUCAGCCUACUGGUGGUAGGGCCCGGCUUACUGAAGGUUGCAGUUUCAGACGGAAGCCGUAUUGAAUGACUUAUAUACUGUAGCUCUUGAGUUUUAUUUGCUCACUGGCUACUCAGCCAUUUUGUACUAUAAAUGUUGAAAUGGCAUUGUGAUUGUGAGAAUAUAAUUCAUUUGAAUAUCAUA